GUUUCGUUCACUCCUGCCCAAAUCCUCACCUAUCACCGUCUCCGUGUGCGAGAGCGAAACCAAUCGGUCCAUGGCGUCGAUUUCGUCGGCAGCUGCCCAUCUCUCUCGCAGUCGUGGCCCUCUCCUCUUCCUCUCUUCGCCUUCUCCUUCCGCUCUCAAUCGCCCAGCCUGCCUCCGUAUCUCUUCCUUGCCGGGCGGCGCCCACUCCAUAAAGAAGAGUAAUGGUGCGAAGAGGUAUGGCUGCUGCAAGAUCCCCUCUCCCACUCUUCGUUGUAGCGCGCAGCUCCUUGGCGACCUCGCCCCCGCCACGUCCGCCGCCUACGGCACCCUCCUCCUCGGCGGCGGCCUCUUCGCUUAUGUGAAAUCGAGGAGCAAGGGGUCCAUUCUUGGAGGGCUUUCGGGAGCCUGCCUCAUGGCCGUUGCAUAUUAUCUGAUGCAAUCACCAGAGACAAAGGAAUUAGGUAUAGCCAUUGGCUUCGGAUCAGCUUUUCUCUUCGCCUCUGUAUUUGGUAUACGAUUGGUUGCCACUCGAAAAUUCAUGCCUUCUGGACUUCUAUUGAGUCUUUCUGUUGGUGUGCUGGCAGUGUUCCUUUCUGCUUAUACGCAAGCAAAAGUCUAAUUUGCACAGGACAAAUGUAAAUACAUCGUUGAUUAUAUUUGUAGUAAAUUCAUAAUGAGAAGAAUAUAUUCCUCAAGCAGCGUUGAAAUCUGAGGACGUCCUCCGAAAGCAAGAUGUGGUUUAUUGGAGCUGCUUAUGAAUGUAAUUGGAUCUGUACCAAUUAUCGUAUUUAUGUUAGCGGACUGAGAUCUGACAUUGAUAGCCCACCUAGUUUGGCUUAUUAAAUCAAUGCUGUGUUGAUUAGGUUGGAGUA